UAAAAAUAAUCCCUAACCCGGAUGUAAACAGUCCCCACGUGUUGUCUCUGUGAAUGCAGGUUGAAUGCUGGAGUCUUAGCGACUGAUAUGAUUGAUAUUAUGAGUGAAUAAUUAACAGAAUUUGUUUUAUUUUGGUUAAAUAUCAACUCAAUUAUACCAAGGAUUUUCACAAGGUAGGGUGUUGGUGUCGUCGCUAACAUGUUUGCAGAGGAGGAAUGGACUGAUAACAUGCCAGCUGAGGAACAGGCCGACUCUGUAGUGAGGGCUGAGCCUCUUGUUAGGAAGCACAAGGCAAUCAGCAGGCACUGCCUUAAGCGAACUCUCCAGACCUUGGGGUCAGCCCCAGACUGGGAAUGUAUAAAAACUUCUCCAGGUAGUGAUGAGGAAACGGAAGAAGCUCCUGUACACCUUUUCAAGAAGAAGAAGAAACAAAGGUGCAAAAAACAGAAGAAAACUUCUAGUACAGGAAUUGAAGGAGACAUGGGCAGGGAAACAGACAUACUGCAGAAACCUGUGAAGAAACGACAAGUGAAGCUUACAGUGGACACAGCCAACACUGGAAGAAGUUCUAAAAAGUUGUAUAAAGCAGUAGAAGAUUCUACUGAUGAAAGAUUGAGCCGGCAACAGUGGAAGAAUAAAAUGAAGAACAAGAGGCGAUGCAAGAAUAAAUUCCUUCUCAGUUCGGCUAUUGCAGAUCUUAAAUUGGAGGAAAAGUUGAGGCAGGUGCAGGACCUCUCAGUAGCAGGGAAAAUGCAGAAUGAUGAUUCGUCACUUUGGAGAAUGGCAUCAGAAGAGAAGAACGAUAAUGUAAACUUGAGUACAGACACAUCUGAAAAAGCCCAGACUAUUACAAAAAAAGUAAACAAAGACACACAUCAGUUAACACCUAUAAAACCAGUCUCUAAUGGGUUGAAGACCACUGCAUAUAAUCAGUGUGAAAAACAAAGGCCUGUCAAAGUGGAUAAAAAGUCUUGGCUUCAGGCUAAGAAAUUGCAGCGUUUUUUAAACAUCCAUGUCACUGAAAGCAAUGAAAAACUAAGUGAUUCAAAUCUUGAACAGGAAAAAGAUUUCAAAAAUGUCAGUGAAUGUCAAGUGGACCGCUCCAGUGCCUUAAGGUCCCGAAUGGAGAAGCAGUUACAAUCAGCCCGGUUCCGCUACAUAAAUGAACUGCUUUACACAUCAACAAGUGGUGAGGCCCAACAUAUAUUUAAGCAGGACCCUGAUGCCAUCAAGAUUUACCAUAGAGGCUACACUGAACAAGUGAAACGCUGGCCUGCAAACCCAGUGGAUUCCAUCAUCAUCUAUAUUCAGCAAAGAUCGUCAUCUUUGGUAAUAGCAGACUUUGGCUGUGGAGAUUGCAAGAUUGCACGGAGUGUGAAGAACAAAGUGCAUUGCUUUGAUCUGGCUCCUGUAUGUGACCUUGUCACUGCCUGUGAUAUGGCAAAUGUGCCACUUGGUGACUCCACAGUUGAUAUUGCAGUCUUUUGUCUCUCCCUUAUGGGGACCAACCUUGCAGACUUUUUGGCUGAGGCAAACAGAGUUCUGGUGAUGGGGGGUGUCCUCAAAGUUGCAGAAGUUGCCAGCAGGUUUGAUAAUAUACGCCAGUUCACUGGAGCCUUAUCUCGUCUGGGCUUUAAGUUGGUCAGUAAGGACACAGACAACAGCCACUUCUACUCCUUUGAGUUUCUGAAGACACACAAUGUUCCAAAUGAUGUAAGGAAAAUAGGGCUUGAACUCAAGCCUUGUUUGUACAAGAAACGGUAGAUGCAUUGAUAAUAGGACUGCAGGCAGAGCAGAGAGUUAAAAACAAAAGGCAACAGACUAGAGUAACUAUAAUAUAAUACUGUAACUAUAAUAGUAUAAUUAUAAUAUACUAUAUUAUACUAUAAGAAUCAAGACUACAAAGUGUAUGCAUACCAUUAAUCUGGCAUUAGUGAGUUUAGUAAAUUAAUUUAGUGCAAAAAAUGUGCAU